AUGGAUAGGCUGAGAUCAAAGAGAAUGUCUGCUGACUAGAUCUCAAGAAAGUCUCAGGCCGAUGAGAGAUAAGCGAGGAGAUACGGGGAUGGAUCUCCUUCAUCUGCGGAGAUGAUGCUCAGUAUGAUGAUAGAACGCAAACGAUAGGAAUAGUUAGAGCAAGGUCUGAGGCAGCAAUAUGAAAUUUUAGAAAAGAUUGAGAAACUAGAGGAGAUUCAUCCAAAGGCGGUGGACUUAUUUCUAAAUGAAGCAAAAAAGCGUGGACUCUAUCAACCCCCAAGAGAAGACAAAAAGAGUACGAAGCAAGGCUCGUCAGUUUAUUCUUCGACUAUGUACGCAGGAUACUCAACAAUGGGUGGUGCAAUCAGCCACAAAUUCAAUAAUAAAUCUAUAGACGACGGUUAUUCUACCAAGACCAGAAAAUUCAGUGCAGGCAAUGAGACUAACUACACCUAGAGAAGAAGAGCUCAAGUAGCAAAGUUUAUAGUUGUAGACUUAGAAGGUAAAGCAUCUACUGAAAACAAAUUUAACUACUACAUGGAAAAACUUAAUGCUGAAGAAAAGAGAGAACAGCAAGUAAAAAUACCUGUUAAAUCAUUUGCUCCUAUUGACAGGGCUUAGCUGCAUACUUCGAAUUAAGUAUCAUCUGAGACUCCAUUAAAUGGAAGGUCCAGGCAUUUACAGGCUUCAGAUAGAAAAAGUCCAUUCCUGGAUUAACUUCACCUAAAUGCUCAAACAACUGAAAUGAUCUCAAUUAAAAAUGGAAUAAAUGCUUCAUUCAGAAGAAACAACGCCUAAACAGUUGAAAAUGACAGUUAGUUAGCAAUAACUCCCAGAAGUAAGAGAUAAGUAAAAACUUAGUAAGGAAGGGAAUCCUUCUCAAAUAAAAUCAAUUCACAAGACUAGAGUUAGACAAAGAUAUCGAAAAUGCAGUUAAAAAACAAAAAUGAAUUGCAAGUUCAGAUAUAAGGCUAGAAUUAAUAGAAACUACCAACUAUAUAAGAUAAGCAAUUUAAGUUUCCAUAAUAGCCUCCUUAGUUUAACCCGUUCUAAGACAAGAGGAAACUCUAGGAUCAGAAUGUGAUUGCCCAGAGUUUUAUUGGAAUGUCCCCAACAAUAGGUGGUUAGAAUUAGCAUAUUUUAGAAGAGAAUUAGAUUGUUCAAAAGAGAAUAUAAAUGAUCCAGAGAUUGCAAAAACAGUCCUGGCUACAAAAUGCAUUGCUAGAUGUUAACAAUAAAUCCUUCCAUGACUUAUUCAAAAAGUUAUGCCAAUCAACAUAUAACACUGCCAAUAUGGCAGGGGGUAACAAUAACUUGAAUCAGCAAAAUACAAUGCAAAAAUAAAAAUCCGACAAAUAGGAAAAACUUUCUACAUCUGCUCAAAAUAACUAUAAUUCAUAGAACAACUAAUAGUCGAAUAUGUAAAACUAAGGACCAACAAAUAUCCUUUACGUACUUAAAAAUCUGAGACUGUCCAAGUAAAACCUAAAGAGUCAUAUCUAAAAGCGCUACGGAAAGUCCAUCUCUGAUAGAAUUAUGAUAGUUCUUGAAUCCUAUAAUAAGCAGAUGCAUAACAUAGAAUUGAAUGGCUAUAUUGAUUUGCUGAAUCAUACAUUCUUUAGUGUCUAGAAUAGCUAGUCAGUUGCGAGUCACUCUAAUUUCUAGGUUCCAAACAUCUACAAAUUUCUCUUUCAAAUCAUUGAUGUGGGGAAUAAGGGCUUUAUCUGUGAGCAUGAUUUAUUCUAGUUACUGUGGGCUUUAGCCAAAGAAAAUAGAGAUAAGUAAGAAAAACCAUUAAAGCAGGAAAACGGAGAAAUUGAAACCAAACCGAGAGCAAGUACAUUAGGAAACUCCUAAAAAGGUGAAAAUAACAAGAAGUUAGAGAAAAGCUAUACACUCUCAAUUAAUUAUAAGGAUUACUUACCAAAGGUAAAAUCUUCAGUAUUUAUUGAGUCCUUCUAAAGUGACUUCUAAAUCAUACUAAAAGAGUUGGAAAGGCAGCAUCAGAACUAAAUAUUUCUCUUGAAAGAGCAGCAAAAUGCAAAAGAACUAAACCUAGGUUUCCCACUAAGCAAAAAAGGUUCAUUUAGAAAUAAGCUAAAUUUAAGCUAGUUAGUAUCUGGGACUGAAGAAUCUGAGAAUAAUAGUAUAUCUACAUCAGGGAGAUAGAAAAGAUCAACUAAGUAGACUAUUAAGAAUAUAUAGUCAAUGCCUGUAAGCAUUAGUCCUAGAAUAAAAGUAAAGAGAGAUUUGAGGAUGAAAAAAAUAUUUUAAGCGAUUUAUGAUAGUGCGAAAAAUAGUAUGAAUGAUAUAGAAGCUGCACCUAAAUCUAAUUAGACUUAUUAGUCAAUGAAUCACAGUAUAAGUCCACAUAUAAGUGCCUUUUCACAUAACAAUCCAGUAUCUUAAUUGAUAAGGGAGAGGAAAGAAGCAUAAAGCUAGCAGGCAAAUGUUUUACUACGAUAAGCCUUUGACACUGAUCAUGAUAUGAAUUGCAAGCAAAUGACUUUUGAAUAGUUUGCCAAACUACAAUUUGACUAUGAGGUGCCAACAUUUAUGGAGGAUCUGUUUAAACUGCUCACAACACUUAGCUAUAAAGAUGCCAUGAAAAAACUAAACUAGUCAUCAGUAUAAGUACUGACCUAAUAGAAGAAUAUGGGUAAGAGGAAGAACACUUCAACUAACAUCUAGAUAAUUCUGUCUUAAGGUAUAGAAGGAGAUGAAAAUCAAUACAAUAAAAGACUUCAGCAAUAUUAAAAACUUCAAAAGGUCUUCGACAAACCACUGCUCAAGUCACUGGUGAAUUCAUUUAGAUUGCUUUCCAAGAACAGAUAAUAUGAGGAUGAUAAAUUAAGUCUCUUCUUAACUCAAGAAUCAAUAAGUGAAAACUUCAAGAAAGUUUUCAAUGCUUUUAAUGAGUCUGUCGCUCUCAGAUUUUACAAUAUACUUUCUGAGGGAGUGAACAUGAAGCGUAUAUACCUGCCAAAGUAUUUAACCACUCUUUACCCUCUAUUCAAUGGUAAUGUAAUUGACAAGAACUACUUCGUUUUCAGGAUUCUAGAUGGUGACAAUGACUAGCUUAUCUAGUCAAAGGACAUCUCUGAUAUCUUGAAUAAUGUGCUCACUUGUCCAUUGUAGAAUGAGAUCAAAGUGUGCACUUGCCCUCUCUUCUAGGAGAUACAUUUGCUUUAUGAUAUUUACGUCAAGACAAACUUAUUAACUUAUAAAGUUAAGAAACUCGAACUAAACUUCACCUAUUUUAUGAAUAAGAUCCCAUCCUCUUGCCUGAUUAAGGAAUUUUAAGAUAAGUUGACAUUGAGCAAUCAAAGACCAUCUGUAUUCAGUCAUGAACAGAACGACCUAGAAAAACUGAAAAAGCUUUACAUUUAGGAUAAUGAGAGCUUUAAUAUUGAUUUGAUAGUUCUAAAGAAAAAAGGAUUUCUCGCUGAGGUGCUCUCUGUUAAACAAAGAAAAUUACAAAUCGAUAUGUAAAUUAUGGACUUUAAUUAGCCAGCUCCUCAAAACGAAACCGAGCAGCAGAACGAGGAUGAAUAUGGAUUUUCAAUUGAUAAUAAAGAGAACUUAAAAGAUUGA